AUGUGGCGGAGUCCUCUAUCCACCACCAUCUCUGUGACUUGAUUGUUUCCGUUGGCAUUCGGCGGAUCUGUCAAUUCGUGCUUUCGAGUCAUCAUCCAUAAGGUAGUGCUAUCCUCUGCUUCUUUGGUGUCUCUCGAUUUCCCUAUCUGUUGUUGAGCCCGAGAAAAGUCCGUGUCUAGAGGGCUUACUUCUUUCACCUCCUGAAGAUUCCUAAAGUCUCCUGAAGUCCUCCUGAUCGAUCCAUCGGUUUGAUACGCUACCUUCCAAGAUGGCUUCAUUGCCUCCCUUGGACCCCCUUUCGACGUCUGCGUCGGACCGGGGCAAGAAGAUCGCCUACUUCUACGACUCGGAUGUGGGAAAUUAUGCCUACGUCUCGGGGCAUCCCAUGAAGCCCCAUCGCAUAAGGAUGACGCACAGUUUGGUCAUGAACUAUGGGCUCUACAAGAAAAUGGAGAUUUAUCGCGCGAAACCGGCUUCGAAAUACGAAAUGACCCAGUUCCACACAGACGAAUACAUCGAUUUCCUCUCGAAGGUCACCCCGGACAACAUGGACUCGUUUGCGAAGGAACAGAGCAAGUAUAACGUCGGAGAUGAUUGUCCUGUGUUUGAUGGUCUGUUUGAGUUCUGCGGCAUUAGCGCUGGUGGCAGUAUGGAAGGCGCGGCUCGGUUGAACCGCAACAAAUGCGAUAUCGCAGUCAACUGGGCCGGUGGCCUCCACCACGCCAAGAAGAGCGAAGCCAGUGGAUUCUGUUAUGUUAACGAUAUUGUUUUGGGCAUCUUGGAGUUGUUGCGCUUCAAGCAGCGAGUUCUCUAUGUUGACAUCGAUGUCCACCACGGCGACGGUGUCGAAGAAGCGUUUUACACUACCGAUCGCGUCAUGACAUGCUCAUUCCACAAGUAUGGCGAGUACUUCCCCGGAACGGGUGAACUUCGCGACACCGGUGUGGGGCAAGGCAAAAACUACGCAGUCAACUUUCCACUUCGCGAUGGCAUCGACGACGUCUCAUACAAGAGUAUCUUUGAACCUGUCAUUAGAAGCGUCAUGGAGUACUACCGUCCCGAAGCUGUUGUCUUGCAAUGCGGCGGUGACAGUCUUUCGGGUGAUCGCCUGGGGUGCUUCAACCUUAGUAUGAGAGGCCACGCUAAUUGUGUCAACUUUGUCAAAUCCUUUAACUUGCCAACUUUGGUCCUCGGCGGUGGUGGUUACACGAUGCGGAAUGUAGCCCGGACUUGGGCCUUCGAGACCGGUAUCCUUGUUGGGGACCCACUGGAGUCUGAACUUCCGUACAACGACUAUUACGAGUACUUCGCCCCCAAUUACGAGUUGGAUGUCCGCCCGUCCAACAUGGACAAUGCCAAUACGAAAGAGUACUUGGACAAGAUUCGCACACAGGUUGUUGAGAACCUCAAGCGGACUGCUUUUGCGCCAUCCGUUCAGAUGACCGAUGUGCCCCGGGAACCUCUCGUCGAAGGCAUGGACGAUGAGGCGGAUGCCAUCUUGGACGACCUUGACGAAGAUGAGAACAAAGACAAGCGUUUCACCCAACGGCGCUUUGACCGACUUGUUGAAAAGACUGGGGAACUGAGUGACAGCGAAGACGAAGACGAGAGCGGCGCCAACGGGGUCCAUCGCAAGCCAUUCCACCUCAAGCGGAAAAACCAGGUUAACUAUCGAAAUGUCGACGCGGCUGAUUCCGGGCUCGACAGCGGCAUGGCAACACCUCAAGACGUGUCGUCGGUUGCGGAUGAAGAUAUGGAUACGACUGCCGAUGUGAAGUUGGGCGAGAUUCCCGAGCCUGUCCCUGAAGCUCGCCGUUCCACGUCCGCGGUAGAGGCCCCGUCGGGGACUGAGCAAGCUUCUGCGGCCGACAACAGCGAAAUGCCUGUUGACGGGCAGGAGGCGGCUACCACCGAUUCCGUUCAACCCUCGCGCCAACCGUCGCCCAAGCCCCAUGACGAAGACACGCCCAUGGAAGACGUCAGUGCGGCUGCGCCGGAGCCGGAGCAGCAAGCGGAUCAGACCCCUGCAGACAACGAACCGCAAAAGCAGGAAGAGGACAAGACAACCCGCGGCAAAGCCGGCGUCCCCCCUAAGGCCCAGUCCCCGCCUCGCGAAACCACGGAGCAGCCCGAGGCCAAGGAAACCACUGAAGCUGAGGACACAACAAAGACGACCGAGACGACAGAACCUGCCGAGAAGGAGAAGACUCCGGAGGCGCCCAAGGAGGAGACCGCACCGGCGCAGUCGGAGUCGGAACCGCAAGCAGCCAAGGAACCCGCCGAGCCCGCCGCGGAGCCGCAACCUGAGGAGCCUGCAAAGAGCGAGGAAUUGUAG